ACGAAGUGUGUGUCCGCCGCUCCGGGCGCCAUUUUGUCGCGAGGUAGACUGUAAACGGAGCGUGUGUUACCACACCGGGCGCCAACGGCUGCUGCCUAUCCUUCCUCGGGAGCUGUGAGAGCUUUCCUCACUUUUCUCUACAGGUGCAGUUGUUUCAGACCUGAAAAUGACAAUAAUCGUACGUCUACAGGGGCUUCCUCCUGUUGCGGAUUCUUUUGACGUUCGACAAUUUUUCUAUGGAUUAAAUAUUCCAAGGGGAGGUGUUUAUAUCACAGGAGGAAAAUAUGGUGAGGCCUUUAUCAUAUUUGGGUCAAUUGAAGAUGCCCAGUAUGCAAUGACACUAUCCGGACGUCCUCUGAAGACUUCAUACAUUUACCUAUCCUACAGCAAUGAAUUGGAGAUGCGUCGAGCAUUGGAGGUUUACCGAAUUGGCCCAAAUGAUUCUUUGGGUGGUCUUUCUUCAGGAAUGAGUCAGAGAACAACUACUCGCGUCCAGGGUGGAGCGAAACCUUCAUUUUUAUACAUACACGGGAUGUCCCAAAAAAUUACAAAAGUUGAACUCCGAGAAUUUUUUAAGGGGUUUACAGUGGAGGAUGUCAUCUUCUUGAAAUUUGUAAGCGGAGUGAGAAAUGGCAACGCCCUAAUUAAAUUUAAAGGCACUAAUGAGGCUAGUGAGGGACUGAAACUUGAUGGUGUUUUCCUUGGUGGUUCUCCAGUAGCACUCCGACUUUCAGAUGAGGAUGAGUGGAACAAAAAUGGUGGUGAUUCAAAUGUUCAGAAACGGGAACGCAGUCCUCCGCCGCGUAGAUCUCCUCCACGUAGAGCCAUGCGUAGGUCUCCCCGUAGAUCUCCUCCUCGAAGAAGAAGGCGAACCCGCUCUAGAUCUCCAAGGAGGGAGAGACGUAGGUCACCAUACAUCCGUGAAUUUUAUGUUCAUUUGAUUAAUGUAAGUUACAGAGCUGAAAAAGCGGACAUUAAAAAAUUCUUCUUUGAUCUUGACAUGGAUGACUCUCACAUUACAUUCCUACUUGAUAAAGACGCUAAAAGAACAAGGGAAGCCUUUGCAAUGUUCACAACCCAAAAAGAUUAUAAAAGAGCACUAAAUUUAAACCUGGACUCCUUUAAAGGUCAUACUAUAAACAUAUUGCCCAUUUCUAAAAAAGGCAUGUUGGAGUUAAUCGACCGCAGAAAGUCAGGAUCCAGUGGGGGUCGUUCAAGUAGAAAAUCCGAAAGCUCUCAAGAACACAGGAGGUUUGUGUUUUUGCGAAAUUUUGCCGCUAAUAUUACAAAAGCUGAUGUAGUUGCGUUCUUUAAAGAUUUCCCUUUAAAAGAGGAUGAUGUUACUUUACUGAUUGAUGAUAAAGGUGUCGGCCUCGGGGAAGCAUUGGCCAAAUUUGCAGAUGAAAAAGAAGCGUCUAAGGCUGAAAAAUUAAACCAUGAAAAGUAUCAAGACACAGAGAUUCUGCUAAGCCGCAUUUCUCAGGAGCAAAUGAAAGCUCUUACCAAAGGUAAUAGCUCUGAUAAGGAAUCUGCAAAACCCGAGGACUCUAUGGUUUCUCAAGCCACUGACGUGCCAGAAACUACUGAUGAAGCAUAUGCGCAGGAGGCAGAAAACUCUGACCAGGUACAAAAGGAUUUGGAUGCCAGUAAGAAAAAAGAUGGUGAAAAAGUUGCAGCCAUCAAAGAAAAUGAUGGCAAAAAUGAAAUGGAUGCUGGCAAGGAAAAAGGAGAAAAGGAUUUGGAUGUCAAAGAAAAUGGCGAUAAAGAAAAGGAUGCGGAUCAGGAAAUGGAUGGCCACAAGGAAAAGGAUGAGGAAAUGGAUGUCACUCCACCGCUAGACUCUGAGGAGUCUGAACAUGUUGAUUCCACAGGUCCUUUGCCAGAGAGUGAUUCUGCAGCUGAAUGUCUAGAUGACUCCGUUGUGGAAAGUGAAAAUGAUAUAAAUGGUGCUUUGUCUGAAGGGAUGACACUUAUGUUUAUCAGGAACUUACCUGUUACAACCACUUCUGCUGAAAUUGUAGACUUUCUCCAAGACUACAAAGUGAGCUCUGUAAAUCUCAAAUAUAUCGGAAAAGGUGAAGCAACAGUGCGCAUGUCUGAUGCAGAAGCUAAAUCUGCCAUAGAGACCCUUAACAAGAAAGAGGUUGGCCUUAAGCAAGUGUUACUCAGCUUAAUUUAAUUACUGGUUGAGUCAUUGGUAAGUGUUUGGCAAGUUUCACUCUUCAUGUAGUGUAUGGACAAUGUUCAUCCUUUAUAAUAGAGUAAUUUCCCUAUUCUAAAUUGUUUAGCUUGUACAUUGUGAUGCAUGUUUAAUGGUAAAGGCAAAUCCAAAGUUUUUCCUUUCUUGUUUAUCAACAAUACAAUAUAUGAUUGAAUCUUAAGUUGAAGUUUGGCUGUAAUACCUGUAAAGAAAAGGAAAUUUGUUUAAAAAAAAAACUGUUUUCUAAAUUUUCCUAAAAUAAAGGUACCUUUCUUGUGGCACAUCUAA